UUGUCCUAAUUUUAGAGUUUUUCUAAAUACUGGUAGCCAGAUUUUGUUCAUUUUCAUGGUUUCCUGCUUUCUGCUGAAAUUGUCCACAUGCUUGUGGAUUUCAAUGUCUUCUUUAUGUAGUCUGACAUAGCUGUUUCUAGGAUUCUAGGAUUUCGAGAAUGGUGUUUUGGCAAAGGGACGACAUACCUUCUUUCUCUCCCGUAUACAAUGUUGUUUGUGGGUUUGCUUGAUGAAGUUGUAUUUCCAUCAGCAAUUCACUUUAACUCUAUCAGAAAUAACCAUCUCAGAACUGGUGCUAAUUUUCUUGUGCAAGUUGGGACAAAUUCCUCCACUAACUGAAUAAUACGGUGAAAGAAAUCUGACAGCUUUGCAUCUUAAUUUGCAAUGUGUGAAAGGCACUUCAGUUGGAAAGCAUCCAAUGAGUGGUAACCUCCCUGCAGAAGACACAGCAAAAGAGAGCGAGGAAGCUAUUGGGAAAUGGUAUUCCACAAGCCCAGGUGAACUUGACAGGUGCAGAGAGAGAAGAAGGAGAAGAGCACAGAAGAAUGGCAGGGAUCUGGGGAGUUUUGCUUAUUCUGCUGCUGGUUUUUCUGAUUCGACACUACCUCAAACAGCUCCGUUCACACAGAAGCUACCCUCCAGGACCCUUCCCACUUCCGAUCAUUGGAGGACUGUGGAGGACGGGCAUCAGGCUUUCUCCAGACCUUCUCAUCAAGCUGGCUAAGCAAUAUGGAAACAUUUACACCAUAUGGGUAGGCUCUUACCCUGUGGUGGUCUUGUCUGGAUUCCAAACAGUGAAAGAAGGGCUGGUCACCCAUUCGGAAGGUUUUUCUGGGCGACCAGUGACCCCUCUACUCAAAGAAACGUUUAAAGCAAAAGGUAUUGUACUUUCCAAUGGACACACCUGGAAGCAGCAGAGGCGGUUUGGUGCUGUUACUAUGCGGAAUCUGGGACUGGGGAAGAAAGGCAUGGAGCAUCAAAUUGAAGAGGAGGCCCAGCAGCUGGUGGAGAUAUUUGCACAUGCAAAAGGGCAGCCGCUUGAUCCUUUACUUCCCAUCACUAAUGCUGUCUCCAGUUUGAUAUGCGUUUUAUCUUUUGGGUAUCGAUUUUUGCUUGAAGAUGAAGAGUUUCAGAAAAUGAUGGAAGCUGCUGAUUUCCUCUUAAAAUUUGGAGGCAGCUUUACUCAUGGCCUCACUGAAAUAUUUCCAUGGCUGAUGAAAAAACUCCCAGGGCCUCAACAUAAGGCACAAAACUCUGCAAAGCUGGUGCUUUCGUUUACAAAGAAAGAGAUCAAGAAGCAUAAGGAGCAACAGUCCCUCCACGAGCCUCGGGAUUUCAUCGAUUAUUAUCUACUCCAAAUAGAGAAAAGCAAAGAUGACCCCAACUCUACCUAUGACGAUGCAAACCUAGCAGAAUGUAUUCUGGACCUCUUCAUAGCCGGCACUGAGACGACUGCCACUGCUUUGCAAUGGGCUCUGCUCCUCAUGGUGGUUUAUCCAGACAUCCAAGAAAAAGUAUACAAGGAGAUGGUCAGUGUUUUUGGUUCUUCCCACUCAAUCUGCUACCAAGAUCGGCACAAACUGCCCUUCACCAAUGCUGUGAUUCAUGAGGUGCUUCGUGCCAAAUUUAUGCUACCGGUUGGGAUCCCCAGACGAAGUGCAGCCGAUGUGACCAUGCGAGGUUUCACUAUUCCCAAGAAAACCAUGGUCAUCACAGAUUUGCGCUCAGUUCUUCUGGAUCCCAAGCACUGGGAAACCCCUGAAGAGUUCAACCCAAGUCAUUUUUUGGACAAGGAUGGGAAUUUUGUAGCCAGAGAAGAAUUUUUGCCAUUUGGCGCAGGUGCUCGAGCUUGUUUGGGGGAGCAGAUGGCCAAGAUGGAGCUUUUCCUUUUCUUCACCAACCUGAUCAGGGUCUUCAGGCUCCAGCUGCCAGAAGGAGUGAAAGAACUGAGUAAAGAGCCUGUCAUGGGCUUGACAUUUCAUCCUCAUCCCUAUAAACUCUGUGCUAUUCCCCGCUCCAGUUUAUCAUAGAAGAUAUAAAUAUUUAUAUACAGUAUACAACAUGACCUGAGGUGGCUUUCUUGCUACUAUAGAUUUGUCAUAUAUUUUCUAUUUAACUGAAGGGAUUCUCCAGGCUUCCAGGUGCUUCUCUGCUCUGCAAAGCGGCAAAUGUGGCAAGAACGCCCUUCUUGCCAGGAGGGCGUUCGCCAUUUUGCAGAGCAGAGAAGCGGCGUUUCUCUGCUCUGCAAAGCAGUGAACGUCUUCCUGGCAAGAAGGAAGGUGUUCGCCACUUUGGGGAGCAGAGAAGCAGCGUUUCUCUGCUCCCCAAAGCGGCAACCUCCUUCCUUGUGGAGGCAAGCGUGGCGGUGGAGGCAGGAGUUGCCUCAAUGGUGCCCCCUGCAGGAUGGCACCACAGGCAACUGCCUAGUUUGCCUCGCGGUUGAACCGCCCCUGUCUGGAGGCCAAGGUUCCAAGCCCAGCUCAGCCAUGGAAAUCCAAUGGGUGACCUUGGGACCAAUCACAUACUAUUCCACCUUCCUGAGACCGUAAUAGCAACCCUCCUCUGAACAAAUGCUAUCAAGAAAACUUGAUAACAGGACUUUCUCUGCAGCAGUGCUUGUUAUACUUCAUGUCCAAGGGAGUUAGGCUGGUCUCCUCUCUUUUCAGCUUCAUUGGACAGACAAAACAGUGCUAUUCCGCAUUACAUUCUUAGUGUUUAAAAAGUGCAGUUUUAACUGUUUCAAAACUGGGUUCCAGGAUUGUUUUUAAUGUAUUUUUAAAAUAUUAUCUCUCUGUUGUUUUUAUUUGUCCAUUGCCUUGAGAGUCCUUGUGGGCUGGGAAGUGAAUCAGAAACAUGUUAAUAAAAUAAAAUAAUGUCAGUCAUCCAAUGCACGUAUCAUUGCCUUCUGAAACAUGGGUGGUGGGAAGGUUUUUGGUGCCGGCCCCUAACUUUUUCCCAUAUAUGAAACUUUCUGUUUCAUAAGAUUAGAUCAUAUCUCCCUUUAUAUAUAUUGUGCUGACAAGUUUACUUUUAAUCAAGCAGUUGACUCUGCUGUUGCUUAUUCUGCCAAAACGUCAAAACUUCAAAACUCCAAAACUUCUCUUUUCCUAAGAACAAUGCCAAGGAUCGGAAUCCUGCUUUCCCUACAGAAGAACUGACACCCUGCAACGUAAAAUGACUCCAAAAUGCACUCCUUCAUCUUCCCUUGAGAAAAGAAGGCCCAAAGUCACCAGACUGCUUGCAAAUCUGACUCUCUCCCAAAUACACCAUCUCUACAGAGCUGGUGGGUGGGCUAGACUCCUGUGGUCUGCCACAAUUUCUGGAUCAUCAUAAGGUCACGUAUAUAGCAAUAUUGUACUGAUGUUGUCCCAAAGUUGUAAAUGAAUGAUAGACAUCCUCCAUCCUGGCUUUAUCUCAGUUUCCUGGACCAGAUGUUGAUUCUUCUUGAUUGGUGUUAGCAAACACAAGCAGGGCUGUGUUGACUUCCUUCUUAACUGUUGUAAACAUUUCCUUAAC